UCUCCGUCGGGGAAUCAGAAAUUUAAGAUAACACACUAAAGAAAUUGAUUUUUUCAUUGUAAAUAUGGUUAAAAAAAAGUAUAAAAUAUGCAUGGUGUCAGACUUUUUUUACCCUAAUAUGGGUGGAGUUGAAGAACAUAUUUUCAAUUUAGCACAAUGCCUUUUAAAUCGAGGACACAAAGUGAUAGUGAUGACUCAUUCUUAUGGGGAAAGGGUUGGCAUUCGUUACAUGACCAAUGGCUUAAAAGUUUAUUAUUUACCUAUUAAAGUUUUCUACAACCAAUGCAUUCUACCUACUCAGAUUUGUUCCAUUCCCUUGAUAAGGUAUAUUUUUAUUAGAGAAGAAAUAGAUAUAAUUCAUGGGCAUUCUGCUUUCUCAGCCUUAGCCCAUGAAGGAAUGUUAAUAGGAAGAUUGAUGAGGUUGAAGACUGUUUUCACAGAUCACUCUCUAUUCGGAUUUGCAGAUACCUCAGCAAUUUUAACGAACAAGUGUUUAGAAUUAUCAUUGUCUGAUUGUCAUCAUUGUAUUUGUGUAUCGCACAUAGGAAAAGAAAACACUGUUCUUAGAGCUAAAGUUCAUAAAGAAAAAGUUUCAGUUAUUCCAAAUGCUGUAGAUACUGCUUUGUUUACUCCAGAUAUAAGUAAAAGAAGCAAAGAUUGCAUAACAAUAGUUAUUGUAUCAAGAUUAGUAUAUCGAAAAGGGAUGGACUUUUUAGCUGGUGUUAUACCUGAAAUUUGUAAACGUCAUGAGAAUGUGCAAUUUUUGAUUGGAGGAGAUGGACCAAAAAGAUGGCUUCUUGAAGAAAUAAGAGAAAGAAAUCAACUUCAACACAGAGUUACACUUCUUGGAAGUGUAGAACAUUCAAAAGUUAAAAAUGUUCUAAAUAAAGGUCACAUAUUUCUCAAUACUAGUCUCACAGAAGCUUAUUGCAUGGCCAUUGUUGAAGCUGCUUCUUGCGGUUUACAAGUAGUGUCUACAAAAGUUGGUGGUAUUCCUGAAGUUUUGCCUCCAGAUUUGAUUUAUUUAGUUGAACCAACUGUUUCUGCACUUAUUGAAGGAGUUGAAAAAGCUAUAUCUGAUUACAAAGCAGGCAAUAUUAUAUGUCCAACAGAAAUUCAUAAAAGGAUCAGUAAAUAUUAUAAUUGGCACAAUAUUGCAAAAAGAACUGAAAUUGUUUACAACGGAGUUGAUGAUGAAGAUAUACGUAGCUUAGGAGAACAGCUAAUGAACUAUUUACAGGCAGGGGUAUUACCAUAUCUUCUAGUUGUAGCAUGGUGUUACAUUGUUCUUCAAUUUCUUGAGUAUUCUGUACCAAGAAAAUUUAUUGACAUUGCAAGGGAUUAUAACAAAAGAACAAACUCGAAAAAAUCAAAUUCAAGUCAACUUUAAAUAAUUAUUUACAAUUACUUUGAAUAUCAAAGAAAUUCUAUAUUUUUUAAAAUAGCAUGUUUGGUGAAAAUUUUUUUCCCUGAAAUAUAUCCUAGUCAAAAUCAAGGAGCGCGCCUCGCAAUCCAACUGGCAAGUAUUUGUAAAUAAAUGUAAAUAAUCAAUUAUUGUACAUGAAAAUAUUUAUAAAUAGGAUUUAUCGAAAAAGAAUCGUUGAAAUAAGUAUUUUUAUAUUCUGUAUUUUUGUCUUCUAAGUGAACUUUACAUCAAAUUCAUUUUACAGCAGAAGUUACAUAAAAUGUAAUAAAACUUUGAAUUUUAACUAUAAUUCAAUACAUUCCACAGAAAUAAUCCGACAAUGAAAAAAUGUAGUGGAUUUUUAGUUACAUUUUUGAUACAAAUCAAACUGAAAAUUUCACUGAAAUUGAUUUUAUUAAAUAAAAUUACGUUUUGGUCAUGCUAUUAUAUAGUAGAAUAUUUUAUAGUCAAACAAUUUUGAAAAAUAAGGACAAUCGAUUGAAUGUAUUUACUACUGUUUAUAUUGUUUAUCAAGAAAUUUGUAUUAGAGCAAUUAAUGCGUAUUGUUAUCUUUAAAAUAAAACAUUUUUAUAAUUACAUUUGUUACUCUAGACUUGUCAAUCAUUUAAAUAAUUAUAUUAUACUUACUAUCUAACUUUACCUGUACAAAAUAUUUGGGAUUUAUAGUGCAUUAUAAUGAAAUUAUAUUUUGUCAACAAAGUAAAUUGUAAUAACAGACCAGAUUGGAAAAUAUAAUGUUUAUUUUUUGCCAAGUUGCAAGAUACAUUCAGUAAUAUAUUUUAUAAUGGUAAUAAAGUUAAUAUUGAUACAAUA